UAAACAUUUUCCAAACAUAAACAUCCUUUCACCGAAAAGUGCAACAUUUCCUCUUUCCAAUUCACAUUUUGCACGCAUAUAUAUAUAAGCAUGCAAACACGAUCUCCUACUGAGAAAGCAGAGCAAAUUUCGGUCAUUUAGUGGGUCAGGAAUUAAAUAAAAAAUAAAAAAAAUUGGGUUUAUAUAUAUGAUGAAGGGUUGAUGAUCUAUUGAUUUGCUUUGUUAUCAAGUGGUUGAUUUGAAGUGGGGGUGAGAUAUGGGAGUUGUUACGAUCGGUGAAUUGAGUUUGAAGCCCGGCAUUUCAGGGAAGAUCAGGACAUUCCGGCCGAGUUCUAGUGUCCAGCACGCCACCGAAUGGCCGAUCUCUGAUGUUUCGAGCGAUCUCACUAUCGAAGUCGGGACUUCGAACUUUGCUCUCCACAAAGUAAACUGCUCCUACUUUCACUCUCUGUUUGGUUCUAACUUGCAUUAUCAUGUGCUAAUUUGCGCGCACUGGCAGUUCCCGCUUGUCUCUCGGAGUGGAAGGAUCCGGAAACUGUUAUUAGAAUCGAAAGAUGCAAAGAUCUCAAGGGUAAGUCUCCCGGCAGUCCCGGGCGGACCAGAGGCAUUCGAGCUUGCUGCAAAAUUCUGCUAUGGGAUCAACAUAGAGAUCACACUAUCAAACAUUGCCAUGUUACGUUGUGUGGCACAUUACCUAGAAAUGACCGAGGAGUUCUCGGACAAGAACCUCGAAACCCGAACCGAAGCAUACCUAAAGAACUCCGUGUUGCCAGAUAUAGCAAAUUCUAUAUCAGUCCUCCAUCAUUGCGAAUCUCUCUUGCCCGUGUCUGAGGAAAUUAACCUCGUCCCGAGGCUGAUUAGUGCGAUAGCAAAUAUCGCUUGCAAGGAGCAGCUGACUUCGGGUUUGUCCAAACUCGAGCACAAACAGGUCCUGGCCAUAGAACCAGAAACGCCAUUGAACUGGUGGGGGAAGUCCCUUGCGGUGCUAAGCCUCGAUUUCUUCCAGCGGGUCCUCUCGGCGGUUAAAUCGAAGGGCCUAAAGCAGGACAUGAUCAGCAAGAUCCUGAUCAACUAUGCCCAGAACUCUCUUCAGGGUCUCUUUGUGAGGGACCCGCAAUUGGGCAAAGGAAGCAGCCUCAUGGACGUGGAGCUGCAAAAAAAGCAAAGGCUCAUUGUGGAGGCGAUCGUUGGCCUGUUGCCGACCCAGUCCCGGAAAAGCCUGGUCCCGAUGGCAUUCUUAUCGAGCCUGCUCAAGACCGCUAUCGUGUCCUCGGCCUCCACCUCCUGCAGGUCAGACCUGGAGAGGCGGAUUGGUCUCCAGCUUGAUCAGGCAAUCCUAGAGGACAUCCUCAUUCCCAUAAACCCGAACCACGGGACACACCACAGUACCAUUAUGUAUGACACGGACUCGGUCCUCAGGAUCUUCUCAAUUUUCCUCAACUUGGAUGAUGACUACGAUGACGAGGACACUCAUACUCUCCCAAGGGAUGAGAGUGAGAUGGCCUAUGAUUUCGAUAGCCCUGGGUCCCCGAAGCAGAGCUCGAUCAUUAAGGUAUCGAAACUAUUGGACAAUUAUCUGGCAGAAAUUGCUCUUGAAUCGAAUCUCCUACAGUCCAAGUUCAUUGCACUAGCAGAGCUACUCCCAGACCAUGCUCGAGUUGUGAGCGAUGGGCUUUAUCGGGCGGUCGAUAUCUUCCUGAAAGUUCAUCCGAAUCUUAAGGACACGGAGCGGUACAGGCUCUGCAAGACCAUCGACUGCCAGAAACUGUCCCAGGAAGCCUGUAGUCAUGCAGCGCAGAACGAGAGGUUACCAGUGCAAAUGGCAGUGCAAGUCCUAUACUUCGAGCAAAUCCGCCUCCGGAACGCAAUGAACGGGGCAGGUGGAGGAGGUGGCAGCCACAACCAGUUCCUCUUUGGGGCGGUUCAUGGGCAGUUUCAGCAGCGGUCAGCCAGCGGGGCUGGCAGCGGGGCAAUAUCCCCAAGGGACAACUAUGCAUCAGUGAGGCGGGAGAACCGGGAGCUUAAGCUCGAGGUCGCGAGGAUGAGAAUGAGACUGACCGACUUGGAGAAGGACCACGUCUCGAUGAAGCAGGAGCUCAUCAAGCCCCACCAAGGGAACAAGAUAUUCAGGUCGUUCGCGAAAAAAUUGAGCAAGCUUAACUCGCUGUUCCGAUUGAACGGGAUCAGGCCCCUAAUUGGAGGGAAGCCGAGUUCCGAGCCUCGGCUCCCAUUCCAAAAGCGCAGGCGUCACUCCGUCUCAUGAUGGGAUGGGAGACUUGGGACAUAACAAAUGUGUGUGAAUAUGUCUAAUCCAAUGUAUAGAUUAGUAAACAUAGUCACGGCAUCGUCAGUUUUGUGAGAUUAUAUGAUUUUUCUUGUGUUUGGUAGUGUUAACUUACACCUUGCUUGGAAUCGGUUAUAGCAGUUUUUCUGA